AUGAAACCUUUCAGGGUGUGGUCAGCAGACCGCACAUUGAAGAAAAUGAUUAUAGCUGAGAACUAUGAAGAUCUUUUGAGAAAAGGUAUCUGGAAAUCUCGAAAUAUCUAUCUAUCCUGUAAACAAUGUUUGGGCAGGGCUUUUGGGUAUAUUUAUACUGUAUAUUAAAAGUUGUCUUAAGAAAUAAUCAUUGACAAGUAUUGUAGUUUCUACAUCUAUGUCCCUCAACAAAGCAUUUCAACUUAUCGACAUAGGUGGUACAUGAAGGUGUAUUGGGGUGCUUUCCAUUUAAUGGCCAGCCAUGAAAAGAUCUGGUCCAGGUUUCUUGAAACUAUAGCCAAAAUGGAGCUUGUCCUGAUUUGAUCCAAAUUUUACUGUCAUACUGCUCUGAUGUCCAAUAAUUUUGUGUUUCAUUUAAUAAUUUUAUCAGUCUAACUGGCCCGACCAUGUUAAUGGAAAGUGCCCUUGUUAUCCCAGUACCACAGCUCACCCCCACCCAUGCACCCCCAAUUCUGUCUCUUUCUAUGACUCAGUAUUUCUUAGUUUGGCUAACAAAAUAACUAUGAGUAUAUUUUUAUAUGAUUUUCCAAAUAAUGUUACAUAGCACCUCUUGAUAAUACCUACCUAAUACAAAAUAGAUCUAGUUAUAUGAGUUAUAUCAAGUUAUGGACAUAGUAUUUUAACAAUAUUUUGACUAGAUAUAUAAAAAGAACUGACAUGGUGUACUAUAGAAAAUGCCUCUAGCAUCAUAUUUUGCCGUCAUGCCCCUGUAGAUCUUUUUGGGGGACCAUUUUUACCUCACCAAGAGGUUUAAUGCUUUUUAUGUGUGUGUGUGUGUGUGUAUCUUAACAAAACUGGAUAGAAAUGUUCAAACAUUUUAAUACAAAAAAUUGUUGUGUUUAACUUAAAUAAUUAACAGAAAUUGUUUGUGAGGUUUGCAAAACGUGGAGACUGGAGAGUCUUGCUUUCCCGGUCUACACAGAACUGAAUGUGAAAUUAUACAUAUUGCACAUAUAAUUUAUGUGUGAAUACCUAACUUGAUUUGCUGAGCACUCAGGCAUGCAGUCCCUAAGUAGCUUCUAGUAUUUUAAUACUUCCAUGUGAAAAUGAAUAAGGGAGGGCACCAUUUGGUCCUAGGUGGGAGCUAGAGUUACACCCAUCUAAAUGUCAGGCAAUCUAUUUGCUUCUUGUUUUUUAUGAGAAAUAUAUUUGAUAAGGAAACACUAAUAUUAUAACAACAUUAUAUUCCCUAUGGUCAAACCAGGGAUUGUAAAAUAACUGGAUACGAAACUAGCUGACGUCACAGUCUAAACCUAGUUGCAAUCUGUGACGUCACAUGUAUUGCCAAAGUUCUCAGCAUUUUUGUUGUUUCACUAUAUUUUCCGCUUUAAAAGAGUUAUAUUGAAGCAUAAACUAGUCUAAUUGUUUUAAAAACAUGCCCAAGCCACGACAAAGUAUUCAAGGUAAAUGUUUUUCGUCUUUGUUUUGUAUUUUUUAACAUUUGUAGCUACGAAAUUGGCGUCGCCAAUUUUUACGAAAUUUGCGAUGCAUUUUUUCACUGUUUAGUGCUUGAAAUAUUUGCUAAAAUUGACUGGGAAUACUUAGAGAUUUCAUCGUAGAAUGGUCUAGUAAUAUUUAUUUGCUCUUAGACUAAAAUGUGUAGCUGUAUUAUCGCUAAACAUGCUGUUUUUGAGAAUUUGGUUUGCAACUAGGGUUUCAACGGCAUCAUCCCAUUGAAAACAUUAGCUCACGUCAGCUAGUUUCCUAUCCAUGUCUUUUACUAUCCAUGGUCAAACCAAAAUAUGAUAUAAGGCAAUUACUAGAAAGUAUACUUCAAAAUAAGAUUUCCGUUUUUAUUCUAUUUUUAAAAUAAGUUAGGGUUAGGUUAGGGUUUAGGUUAGGGUUAGGCAUGGAAAAGUUGUGAAGGUUUGCAUGGUUUUCACUAUUAUGUGCACAAUAAUUCUGGAGUUCUUAUAGGAUGUACAUGAACUUGAAUAAUGAACAUGCUAUGUUGAUCAUGCUGAUGAACUUAUCCUGUGUCUCUAUGUUUCCUAGAUGUUGGUGUGGGCAAUCAAGUGAGUGAAACCUCAAAAUCCGAUGAGUCAAUGCAAUCUAAUUUAAAGCAAAGUAUGAUGUAAUUUUGUCUAUAUCACUGCAGUGUAUAUUUCCAAAUUUACAUCUCUCAGACCGUGAUUUUUUGUCUGUGUUUGUUUCAGGUGGCCAGAAAACUAUCUGCUUUCAGGGAAAUCAGAUUGUGUUGGGUCCAACUCUACAGGUACGAUCUGCAGGCAGAGAUAUUGUGUAAUUGUGCAAAAUUAAAAAUUGUAUUUCAGACCUCAAAUUUGAUAUCUACACAAUAUAUAUAUAGACCUCACCCCAAUGUAUUUUUGGAUUAAUGUUAAGUAGCUUCAAGCAGUUACUUCGUUGCGCACCUAAGAAUAAUUUAAAUCUAAAACCACAUGUUUUUGUUUUUGAUUCAGCAAAGUGGUUCAAAAUCAAACAUUGAGGUGGCUGUUAAAAUAGACCCUGAAAAGUUGAGAGAGGACAGCAAGAUUUACCCAAAUGCAGUUCCUGGUUCUUUCUUGUAUAAAUAUAGAAAAGCUCUAAAUGAUGCUGCAUAUGAAAUUUGUCUGGAAAAUCCAUCCUUAGUUCACAAGAGAGGUGAACUGCAGUCUUUGACCAGGGCAAAAGUGGAUGAAAGUGGUUAUUCAUACACGAAAAAUAAAUCACGAUCCCAAGAAUUGUCCAUUCCACCCCAUCAUUGCGAGCAAAAAGAAUAA